AUGUCGUCGAUCAGCCACGCCUUCUACGGCCUCGGCCUUCGCGACGACCUGGUGCACAUUGGAGCUUGCGACAAGGACGCGACCGCCAAGAAGUUCUGGGUGAACAACUACGGAGAGACUCGCUGGUACGACGAGAUCACCGGGCGCAACUAUCGGGCCAUCAUGAACCAACCAUUGACACCGAACGUCUACGAGUGCGGCUUCCCGUGUCAGUCCUUCUCCGCUGGAGGGAAAAAGGAAGGCAAAGCCGACCCGCGUGGACGAGUCAUCGAUGAGGUCUUCCGCGCGCUCGAGGGGAUGACGCCAGAUCUUUUCAUUUUGGAGAACGUCGAGGGCCUGCUGAUCCAUCAUCCCAAAACAUUGGCAGCCAUCGUGAAACGCUUGCGUGAGCUGAAGUCUGGCUACUACAAUGUGCACCUUAAGUUGCUCAACUCAUUGGACCACGGGGUGCCCCAGAACAGAAAGCGGCUUUGGUUUGUGGGUAUCGCUAAGAGGUGCGACAAGAAUACUUUCGCUUGGCCAGACGACAUCGGCAGCGUCAAUAUCGACGACUUCCUGGAUCCCGCCGUGAAGGAGGUCGCGAAGAGCAUGCCUCCGAAGAGUUCGGCGUUCGCCAGGCAAAGCUUCAUGAAACUCAUGAAGGAUGCCGUUGCUUCGGGGCUGAAUCCACUCAAGGAUACCCUGGUGAUGGACAUUGAGUCUUCUAAGCCUGGAUGGAUGGUCGGUAAGUCUCCUUGCCUGACGCGUUCCAGGGCCGAGGGGCACUGGGUUACGACCCGCGGCCGCAGGCAGACGGUGAACGAGCGGCUCCGUCUGAUGGGCAUCGACCCCAAGCUGGUGGACAAGAUGGACAUGACUCCGCACAAGAUGGGCCAAUUGAUUGGGAAUGCUCAGAGCGCCAACGUCUUGGAGCGCAUCCUGUUCCAGGCGCUCCCGGCCGCGGGCAUCAUCCCGCAGAGCGAGCUCAAGGGCCGCUGGGAGUCCAAAGCUGCCGCCUCGAAGACG